AUGAUCGAGCCUACUGGAUUUGCAGGCUGUUUUGCUAUGCGUCACUACAGCGUCGACAUGCAGCUGAUCACAGCCCUUGUGGAGAGGUGGAGGCCGGAGACCCACACUUUUCACUUACCCGGCGGAGAGUGCACGGUUACACUACAGGACGUGGCCAUUCAGACCGGACUACCAGUAGACGGUCAUGCUGUUACAGGAGGUAUUGUACAUGAUUGGGCUGCAGUGGCAGAGAGGGUUUUGGGGAUUCCUGCGGGCAGAUAUCCUAAAAAGCCUGCAAAUUCCACAGUCCGGACUUCUUGGAUCCUAGAGAGUUUCCCCGACUUCGGUGCAUUACCAGACCAGGCGACUGACGAGCUUGUCCAUCGGUACACACGGGCGUAUCUCUUGCUCGCUGUCACAGGAUUGUGCUUCACUGACCUCGGUAGUGGAAAGACUUCGUUACGGAUUCUUCCACUUUUAGAGGACUUGGCGGCAGUUCGGACCUACAGCUGGGGAUCAGCGACACUGGCUUACUUAUAUCACGAGCUUUGCUCAUGUUCGUUGCGUUAUAUUGCUCCCGCUCUUGCUGAUCCCACUAUUUCACCACAUCUACCACUGGGCGACAGAUGGGGAGGCCGGAGAAACGCCAGCCGUGCGGCUCGACACUCGCUGCCUGACAUCCGUGUUCGGCUUGAUACAUCUCGCUACGAAGAUUUUAUCUGGCAGCCGUACACUGAUGAUAUGCUGGACACUAUCCCAGCGUAUUGUUUAGAUGGGCGCGCUUUUUGGCGGGCCACGGUUCCACUUAUUUAUUUUCAUAUUGUGGAGUGGCACCAGGCAGACAGAGUUCUGCAGCAGUUCGGACUGCAACAGGGUAUUCCAGACGCCCCACUUCAGGACCACUCACUACACUCCCUUACCCUGAAGAGCAGCUCAUCUUGGAUCCAGACACACUCUCACUACAUUCGUGUGUGGGACGACCGACUCCGGUUUGUAAUUUCAGGACAGCCCCUCCAGGACCCACCUCAUUAUCAUUCCGAGUAUAUGGAUUGGUUUCGGUAUGUCACGCGUCGCUGGAUCACACGACAGGGCGCUGAGCUCGGAGCACAGGCCGAUUUUGUGGAGCGUGUACGUAGGGAUGCUCCUGUUGACACUGAGCUUCGGCGGUUCGCAGCCAGCACACAGAGAGGCACUAGAGAGGACCGCCGUGAUGUUACAUCGCCCCCUAUCGAGCCUUCUAUACCGCCGCAUCGACUACCAGUCAUACCUGACGCGCCGAUAGAUCCGACUACACUGCGACAUCGACGGCGACAGCGGCGUCACCCCCCUGCACCACCUCAGCGUCCGACUGAUCCUAUGCCUCCCCCAGUGGUUUUUCAUCCUUUCAGAGGGCAUUACUAUUACGCGGGGUCCAGCUCUGCACCGCCACCCUUUUCAUCGGGUCCUCCUCCUUCUUCUGGCCAGUUUUACGGGGAUUCGGCACAUCACUAUUUUCAGGGGUCGUGUUCAUAUCCAGUGCCACCAGGACCUUCUUCGCCUUUUGUUCCUCCGCCGCCUGCUUAUGUACCACCUACGGUGCCUCCUUUUCAGGUGCAGUGGGAUCAGCCUACACAGGGUACACAGGACUUUCCAGCUUCACAGGGACUUCCACAGACACCUGGGACUACAGACUUUCUGUCAUAUGGUAGCAGUUGGUUAGGUCUAGACAGCAUGGAGGCGAUGAUGUUCCGCCAACAAGGAGAAUUUGUUACCCCGCCACCAGCAACGACGAGUACGGCCAUUCCCCAGGACCAGCAGGGUGACGACGGAGCCGACGACGAGGACGCCGAUGCAGGAGAGGGUGAUGGUGAUGGUCGCCCAGGUCGACGUUACCUCACCAUCAGUACAGGCCGUCGGGCGAACCGUAACAGAAACAACUUGCGCUCGAACCUCCCGGUCACUAGUAGAUAUGACGAUAGGACUCCUAGAUGAUUUCUUUUUUGUACUUUGUACAUUAUUAUCUGAUGUGGUAAUCUUUUUUAAUUUGUAAUUUUUAUUUUAUUAAAUAUGUUAUUGUUAUUAAGUAUAAAUUAUAUUUGAAUAUUUGUUAAUAUAAUUAUUUUGUAGUAUUUUAUAAAUUUAUUUUUGUAGAA